UUUUUUUUUUUUUUUUGUACAAAAUAGAAACAGGGUAUUAAGAUGUAGCAAAUUCCAAGUCAAGCCAAGGAUCAUCUACCUCUGGAGGUGAUGCUAGGUUUUGAAGUUGCCAUAGUAACAACAUGACAGUGGCUGAUACUGUUGCUGCUACAAACACAGCAGCUGUGAUUGUUUGCAAAAAAGGUGAAUGACGACGAAAGAAUCGUCGUAUAGCAAAACUAGCUUUUGAUAGCCGACUUUCUUGUGUCUCUAAAGAAGUUUGCGGUGGCAGUGUAUGAUAAAUAGAUUCAUAAGAAGAAAGCAGUAAGCUAUUUUAAUUUCAUCGUGUUAUUUUAUGAGAAAAAUUUUGGCACAGGCCACUGAAUUGGUGUGUUACGAUGAGGAUGUCAAGUAUUACAAAGACGAAGUUGUGUUCACUGAUCAACUUCAAAAUAUGAUUGAUCAAGCAAGUGCAUCAGAACAACCUGUAGUCUAUCUAGAGCCUGGUAUCUUUAUCAUGGAUCCUGCAAGACCUAUUGUGUUAAAGGAAGGUGUCUCUUUAAGAGGAUAUUCUGGCCAGCCUACCAUUCUAGCUGUUCAAGACAAGAACACAACUGCUUCUAUUGAAGUCCAAAAGGAAAACUUGGCUUGGUCUAUUCAAGAUAUCGUAUUUGAAAAUGUUAAUGUAGUAGUCAAUUCAAGCACUCAUGAGGAUGAAAGUGCUGUUCUAAGCAACGUAUUCAUGAAUGGUGGACGAGGUUCUGUUAUUUCUGAAUACGGUAGAAGAUUACAUAUUAAUGGCAAUAUCUUUUUACGUGAUGAAGCCCAUGUAGCUACUCAAAGAAACCCCACUUAUGAUACUACAAAUUCUGGUAUUUUGUUCCAGACACAAAAGAACAGUGUUGUUUCCAACAAUAUUUUUGGUAUGGACUUGCGUGCAAUCAAUAGCCUAGAUCCAGUCAUUAGUCAACAAUUAGAAAAACCACUUAAAAACCUCAAAUUUAUUCAUCAGUGUCUUGGUCGUAACUUGGCUGAUGAACAGGGCUAUCUUUCAUCUGGUGUGCAACUCUAUGCUUCAAACGAUAUUACCAUUAAAGAAAACAUUCUGAAUGCUACAUUCCCUGAUACAAAAUACAUUGCACAAGAUCAUGCAAUUAGUGUUGUAGGAAGUAACCAAACCUAUGUCUACCAAAACUUUUUUGCUGGUUGGCAAAUAGGUGAUUUUGGUGGUGCUGUUCGUUUCACUUCUGCUGUGGACGGAUACUUUAUCUCGAACUACCUCGCUAACAUGGGCUUAAUGAUGUACGCUGCUGCUCAUGCUGACUACCUUCAAGUAAGCAACAUGAUUGUCCACAAGAACUUUUUCUAUCAUUUCUUGGGUGAAGAUGUGGCUCCUGUUCCUGAAGAGCAAAGAGGAUGGCUUUAUGAUGGUGUCACCUUUUUUGAUUUCUACACAGCUCGUUUCAACAAUACUAUCCGUCCUCCUAUCUGGAACAGUUCUGUUCCUAUUUCUCCUUGGGGAUGGCACAUUGUGGUCUCUGAAAACAAGUUUGGUGCUUCUGAAGGAUUGGAUCCUUAUUUGAUCAGUAUGGGUAACCUGGAUGAACGUGAAGCCCAUAUCGAUAAAAAGAAUUGUUUUGUCACUGAACCAUUGGUGCCUGGCUCUCGAGAUGCUUAUAUUGUGCCUAUCAUUUGGCGCGAAUCAUUUGAAGAAGGCUUGUUUACCAAGAAUCAAGGCAAAAUUCCCAAGAAAUUGAUCAAGCACACAGACGAAGAUUUACAAGAUCAAGUCCCUGCUCAUUUGAGAAACUUGCAUAUUCCGUCUUACUGGAAAGCAUUUACACUCAAGAAUAAUACUAUGUCAAUGAUCAGUCCUCAUUUACCUUGUUCUUAUUAAUACAAAAAAAAAAUUUUUUUUUAAUUGAAAUAA